AUUUCCUAUCAUUUGAAUCUAAAAUGCGUUACAUAUUAUUAUGAGGAAGUUAAAAAGAGGAAGACAGAAAAAACUUCCAUGGGGUUCCAGGAUAUCUUGUUUAAUUAUCUGAUUAUCCCAAUAACAGAAAAUAAGCGAAAACUAGGGUUCAUGAUCCAAAAGAAUUGACACAAGUAGUGGCUAAGAGGGAGUUUUCUAAGGGAAAAAGUGGCAAUCCCAUAAUUUUUGGAUCAUGGUUAACACAAAGAAGAUUCAAAAUCUAAUUAUGCUAAAAAUAGAGUCCAAUUUUGAAGGCCAGAAGCCAUUAGAAACCUCUAUAUAAACACCCAGCUGAGGAUUGGGAAAGACACAGCUCCGGGAAGAAGCUGCAUAGGCCAGUUCUUUUCGGGGAAUGACAUAAGACAGGGGUUUACAUUUUUUGUAUUAGUUCUUUCUAUUUUGUCUCAGUGGAUUUGAGGAUCUAUCAGUUUCUCUUAUAUAUAUAAACUAUUAAGGUAUAUAUAUACACAUUUCUCUGAAAGAUCCCCAAAAAAUCCACUGGUGAAAUCUUUUAUCCUUUGAAAGAACUAAUAUAAAACUUAUUUUAUACAAAGAUUAUAUCAUUUAUCUGUACUCUCAAUCCCUUAUAUUUUAUAGAAAAGAAAAAAAUAAAAAUAAAUGGCUGGAGGAGGAGUUGUUGUUCAGGGAGGAAGGAACUAUGAGGGUGGAGUCACUCUUUUUGUCAUCGUCACCUGUUUGGUGGCUGCCAUGGGGGGUCUUCUCUUUGGUUAUGAUCUUGGAAUUUCAGGUGGGGUGACUUCAAUGCCAAGUUUUUUGGCUCAUUUUUUCCCAUCAGUUGUGCUCAAGAUGAAAAGUGCCCAUGAAAGCGAGUAUUGUAAAUUUGACAGUGAACUCCUAACAUUAUUUACCUCUUCUCUUUACCUGGCUGCUCUGGUGGCAUCCUUUGGUGCCUCGAUCAUCACCCGGAAAUUUGGCCGAAAACCAUCCAUGUUUUUUGGAGGUCUUUCAUUCUUGAUUGGCUCCAUCCUUAAUGGUGUUGCCAAUAGCAUUGUGCUGCUCAUCAUUGGCCGUUUGCUGCUUGGUGUGGGUGUUGGAUUUGCGAAUCAGUCUGUGCCAGUUUACCUUUCUGAAAUGGCUCCAACCAAAAUCAGAGGUGCUUUGAACAUGGGCUUUCAAAUGGCCAUCACAAUUGGCAUUUUAGUGGCGAAUCUUGUCAAUGUCGGUACAGCCAAAAUCGAAGGCGGAUGGGGAUGGAGAGUCUCACUGGCUCUCGCCGCAGUCCCCGCCGUGAUGAUGACCGUCGGAGCCAUGUUCCUUCCCGAUACUCCUAACUCCAUUCUCGAAAGAGGAUACAAAGAGGAGGCUAAGAUUAUGCUCCAGAAAGUUCGCGGUACUGAAAAAGUCGAAGAAGAGUUCAAAGACCUACUCCAGGCAAGUGAAGCGGCAAAGAAAGUAGAUCAUCCGUGGAGCAACAUAAUGAAGCCACAAUACAGACCUCAACUCGUGAUGUGCGCUUUAAUCCCCUUCUUCCAGCAACUCACCGGUAUCAAUGUUAUCAUGUUCUACGCUCCCGUUCUGUUCAAGACUCUCGGAUUCGGCGACGACGCAUCUCUAAUCUCCGCCGUCAUCAGUGGCGGCGUCAACGUCCUCGCAACCCUAGUUUCAAUCUUCACAGUCGACAAAUUCGGCCGAAGAAUCCUCUUCCUCGAAGGCGGAGCACAGAUGUUUGUCUGCCAAAUCCUAGUCGGAAGUCUAAUCGGCGUCAAAUUCGGACUCAAUGGAGAAGGAACCCUAACAAAACUCGACGCAAACCUGAUUCUACUACUCGUGUGCGUAUACGUCUCGGCAUUCGCCUGGUCUUGGGGACCAUUAGGUUGGUUGGUACCUAGCGAAAUCUGCCCGCUCGAAAUCCGAUCAGCAGGACAAUCAAUCAACGUAGCAGUGAACAUGUUCUUCACCUUCAUCAUCGCUCAGGUUUUCUUGUCGAUGCUUUGCCACAUGAAAUUCGGACUGUUCUACUUCUUCGCAGGGUUUGUAGCGAUAAUGACGGUGUUCAUCUACUUCUUCUUGCCGGAGACGAAGAAUGUGCCGAUUGAAGAGAUGAACAGAGUGUGGAAGGCGCACUGGUUCUGGAGCAAGUACAUCCCCGAUGAGGCGGUGAUCGGCGGCCAUAUCCAAGACGAAAAGCACCGCGGUGGUGUAUGAAGCAAUGGAUAAAA